UAGAUAAAUAGAUAGUGAAAUUUAAUAUAUGUAUUGAGUAACAUAAGUGUUUUUUUUUAUUAGGUAUUUUUAUGUAAAUAAAUAAAUUUAUUUCUAAAUAAAUUAGUGCCCACUAAGAGUAUAAAUAACUGAAUUUAUUUUAUCUAACAUGUUUUGGUACUGUGUUUUAUGAUUGAACCACUGUCUAACAGUGACAUCUUUUAAUUCUGAUGUUUCGUCGAUUGAAAAAUGAACAUGGCUCGAAAGAAUACACUAAAAUACGAAUAUGGGAUUCAGAAAAAGAAAUUAAUCACUCGAACGCUGAAGACGGUGGAGGGGAUCGACGUGGGCUGACGGACGUGAGCGCAGGCGCCGGCGACAUGUGGAUCAGCGCCGUUGAGAGCUCAAUCCUCUCCUGGGAAGAGGUGGCUGAGCGCCUGAACGUCGACAUCCGUCGUGGUUUAUCAUGGCGCGAGGCCAACGACCGGAUGAACUUCGUGGGCCCCAACGAGUUCCAGGUGAAGGAACAGGAUCCCUUGUGGAAGAAGUACAUAGAGCAGUUCCAGAACCCGCUGAUACUGCUGCUACUUGGGUCGGCCGUCGUCAGUAUUUGCAUGCGGCAAUUCGAUGAUGCCAUCUCAAUAACGGUCGCCAUAAUCAUCGUGGUGACGGUGGCGUUCGUGCAAGAGUACCGCUCCGAGAAGUCGCUUGAGGAGCUGAACAAGCUAGUACCGCCGUCAUGCAACUGUUUCCGAGAAGGCAACUUGGAGCACUUCCUAGCACGAAGCCUCGUCCCCGGCGAUAUAGUCCACCUGAACGUUGGCGACCGUGUGCCGGCUGAUCUUCGCCUCUUCGACGCUACCGACUUGGCGAUCGACGAGUCUUCGUUCACGGGAGAGACCGAGCCGGCCGUGAAGAGUGUGUUACCGAAUAAAGCCGCUGCCGGCAGGGUGAAUAAGGAUAACAUCGCGUUUAUGGGUACCUUGGUGCGAUGCGGUAAUGCUAAGGGUAUAGUAGUAAGUACGGGAGAGAGGUCCGAAUUUGGAGAUAUAUUCCGCAUGAUGCAAGCGGAGGAAGCCCCGAAGACUCCGCUCCAGAAGUCGAUGGAUACCCUCGGUGCUCAACUGUCUAUGUACUCGUUCUGCAUCAUCGGCUUCAUCAUGGUCGCUGGAUGGCUACAAGGGAAGGCGUUGCAGGACAUGUUCACGAUUGGAGUGAGCUUGGCAGUUGCUGCUAUACCAGAAGGCCUACCAAUAGUGGUAACGGUGACGUUGGCUCUUGGCGUGAUGCGGAUGGCGAAACGGAACGCAAUCGUCAAGAAAUUGCCCACGGUAGAGACACUUGGUUGCGUCAAUGUUAUAUGCAGCGAUAAAACUGGUACCCUGACACAAAAUGAGAUGACUGUAACGACAAUAUCGACAUCUGGCGGGCACAUCGCGGAAGUCACCGGCACCGGUUACAAUGCCUGCGGCGACGUGCAGUUGCGCGCGUACAAGGGACGCGACCUCGACGUGGCCAGGAUGGGUGUGCACAGCAUGUUAGAGGUGGCAGUAGUGUGCAACAAUGCGGUUAUCCGCAACGACACAUUGUAUGGGCAACCGACAGAGGGCGCGCUGGUCGCCUGCGCAAUGAAGAACGGUAUGGAAGACGUGCGAGACCAGUACACCAGACUGCAUGAAAUUCCGUUUAGUUCUGAAACGAAAAUGAUGGUGGUGAAAUGUGCCCCAAAAUUCUCGUCAGAGGGAAAACCUAAAGAGGAAGUGUUUGUGAAGGGGGCGAUAGAGAAAGUGCUGCCUCUGUGUACGCGGUACAUUGAUAGCGCGGGCAACUAUGCGCCUAUGACCAAAGAUAAGCAGAAUGAUUUUCUCAGUGAAGCGUACAACAUCGGGAGAAUGGGUCUCCGCACGAUCGCGAUGUGCCGCGGCGAAAGUCUGGAGGCGCUGACGUACACGGGCGUGUGCGGCGUGUGCGACCCCCCGCGGCCCACCGUACGCGCCGCUGUCGCCACCUUGCGGCGCGCCGCCGUCGCUGUCAAGAUGGUCACCGGCGACGCGCGGCCUACUGCACUCGCUGUUGCCCAAAUGGUCGGUCUGGAUGUACUGCACUCGCAGUCACUCUCUGGCGAACAGUUGGACUCCAUGACGGAUGAAGAGCUCGACAGGAUUAUUGAUACGGUGAGCGUAUUCUACAGGGUGACGCCGAAACACAAGUUGUCGAUCGUCAAAUCUUUGCAGCGGCUCGGAAACAUUGUCGGCAUGACAGGUGAUGGUGUGAACGACGGCGUGGCGCUGAAGCGAGCUGAUAUCGGUAUCGCCAUGGGCCGCAACGGGACCGACGUGUGCAAGGAGGCCGCCGACAUGAUUCUGGUCGACGAUGACUUCGCCACCAUUAUCGCCGCAAUCGAAGAAGGCAAAUGCAUAUUCUACAACAUCCGUAACUUCGUGCGGUUCCAGCUGUCGACGUCGAUCGCGGCGUUGUCUCUCAUAGCGCUCGCGACCCUCAUGGGCAUACCGAACCCGCUCAACGCCAUGCAGAUACUGUGGAUCAACAUCAUUAUGGACGGCCCGCCGGCGCAGUCGCUGGGCGUGGAGCCGGUGGACCACGAGGUGGUGGCGCGGCGGCCGCGCGACACCACGCGCCGCAUCAUCUCGCGCGCGCUGCUGCUCAACGUGCUGCUCGCCGCCGCCAUCAUCAUCGCCGGCACGCUCUGGGUCUUCAACAGGGAGAUGUCGGACAACAAGAUAACGCCGCGCGACACCACAAUGACCUUCACGUGUUUCGUGCUCUUCGACAUGUUCAACGCGCUCUCUUGUCGUUCGCAAACGAAAUCCGUAUUCCAAGUGGGAUUAUUCUCUAACAAAAUGUUCUUGGUGGCUGUGACGCUGAGUUUAGUCGGUCAAAUGCUGGUGGUGUACUUCCCGCCAUUGCAGCGGGUGUUCCAGACGGAGGCGCUCACUGGACAUGAUCUCAUAUUCCUAGUCUGCCUCACAUCUAGUGUGUUCAUUGUGAGCGAGGUGAAGAAGUUAAUCGAGCGAGCGUUGAAGAAGCGCUCCUUCGGUAAGUUUUCGACGAAGGCCCACGACGCGAUGGAUUUCGUAUGACACGAGACCGAGAAGAAGGAGCAGUAAGCGAGCCACUGAGCUGCUGUCACCGUGACAGCGCCGCCUGUCAAAGUGACAGCGCCGCCUGUCACAGUGACAGUACUCGCUGCGCACCCGCACGGCUCUCUUGCGUUUCGGAAACGAUACGCGACAGUGACGUGCCGGAUCGCGCGACAGAUGGGUGCGUAUUCAGUGAUGGCUGCCAUUGUGCCGGCCGUACUCAGGGACCGUUCUCAAUAUACGAUGGCAAAAUUGAUAUUCCUAUUCGUUUGUAAUUUUUUUUUUACGGAUACAGCAGUAUUUUUGCCUUUAUUUUUUUUUUUUAUUACGUAUUUAUUUUUUAUCAUUUACAUGAUAUUGUUAAGUGGACUAGUGAUUUGCAGUGAUUCUAGUAAAUUGAUGUUUAGUUGUGAAUUUAAAACACGGGUCUAGUUUAUCAGUAGUUUGGACUAUUCCAUCAUGACAUUAAUCGUGAUUUUAUGGUUUUAGUACAUACCUGUUAUCCUGGAGAAUUAUAGUGCAUGACAAUGUACCCUCUAAUGUAGAGAGAGUCUAUUGUUAGUGAUCUGUGAAAUUGUCUUUCAACACGAAUAACAGUGAUAAUAUAAAUUUGUGGUAUGUUUUUUUUUAACUUUAAUGCAUAAUAAUUAUUGUGCAUAUGGCGGAGUUAAAUAAUUAUUUUCGCUGACGUAAAGAAGGCCUUGUUUAUAAGAAAUAAGGUGUAAAAGUUAUAAAUCUAUCAAAGCCUAGAUUACUUCUAGCGAUUAGCAUGUGAAUUAAUGGAUUUAUUUAUAUAUUUCUCGAAAUUUUAAUGUAUUAAUAACCGGAUUAACGAAAGUGUAUUUUAAUUGAGAAAGCUCGACUAGUUUCGUAACCUCACAAGACCCUUAGUAAUAGCCGUUUGCGAGGCGAGCGCGAGUCUUACUGCGCAUCUCGGCCCGUUGAGCACGAAUAUUUCUCAGCGACAAGUAUGCAAGUAACCAAAAGAAGAAAAAAAAAAAAACACAUAUUGAAAUGUGAAUACAUCAUUGGGGUUAAUAAAUUUCUUUUUGAAAUCCGAAAUCAUAUUUAUCUGUCUCUGAUAAACUUCUGAGUGUAAACGGGAUAAAUGAUGCUGUUUAGCCUCUCUUUCUGUCGACUAUUCGUGAUCACUUCAAUUAGGAGUGAGAUGGAAGAUACACGAAUAUAAAUUUAUUGGUUUUAAUUUGAUAUUCACUCUGAAGUCUCAAUUUAGUUGGAAACUGCUGGGUUACAAAAUAUUUUUUCAUUUAUAUUAGCCACAUGGUAAUUUUAAAUAUAUGUUAUUACAGUUAUUCGUGUUGCCAGUACACUUAUAGGGUUUACUAUGUGUAAAUGAUCAUAAUUUAUGGGACUGAGUCCUUGUGUGAUUGAUGAUUUAUAAAGAAAUUAUAAGACCUAUUCAUAGUCAUUAUAUACUACAUAUUUAAAUGUAAAAUAAUUAGUCAUAUUGAAUACUGUCGCCAUUUGUGUUGGUUUUAUGAUUGCCAUAAUCGAAAAUUAAAUACUUCGAUACUAAUAAACUCUUAUAAAAAGUCGCACUUUUAAUGUAAAAAAUAGAUAUUUUUGUUUUUUUGUAAUAGCAACACUCGAGUUUGUUGACCAUUAAUCUCAACCAAGUUUUAUACCGAAUGAGGCCAACAAACAUGCAGACUGUUUGGUGGUAAUCGGUUACAGUCUGUGAUACUAGAGGUGUCAUAUAUGGGCUGCUAUCGACAAAGGAGGCUUAACGCCCUUUUUAGUCCACAUUUUGAGGGAGUUUUAAAAAUCAAACGGAAUAGUCGUGAAUACAAAAUGAUAUAUAAAUCUGUUGAGGUUCUAUAUUAAUAAAUAUGAUUUGAAUUUAUUUUAAAUAUAUAAAAAUAAUGAAUUGUGUUUUCUUAAUAUAUAUUUUUUUUAUUAUCGUGUCUUAAAAUCGCAUAUUCAAAAUAUUGUUUUUGUAUUUUUAUAAUGAAUAAAUAAGUAACGAAUAUUGAAAUCGAUAUACGAUAUCGAUAUAUGGAGUCAUUUUUCCAUCAAUCAUAUUACAUUAAACUCGGUAUUAUAUUAAAUUGUUGCCAUAUAUAAAUAAAAAUUUAUUUUUAUACAAUCAAAAAUUUUUUGUAAUUUUAAUAUUGCUGUAAAUGUUAGUGCGACAAUCAUGAAAUUAACACACAGUGUCCAUUUUAACGUGUUAAUAAUUGGCGACAAGUAUCAUCAAAGGUAUCACUAUAAAAAAUAUAAUUUGUCAAAAGUAGGUUUAGUCUAAACUUUAAAUAUAUAUUUCUAAGUGGCCAUGUAAUAGUCACGAUAAUCUUUCAUAAUACUUCUUUACCUAAUAAAGUUAAACUAAAAAAGAAAAACCCCAUGUAUAAAAUUUAUCUUAAAUUAUUUAUUUAUUUAUUUUGCUAUAGUAUUUUUCUAAAGUUGUAUUAAUUUUUAGUUCGUCACAUUUCACCUAGAUGGCAUUAAUGGUCGAAGUUGACUAUCGACUGUUUAAAAUUAGCGCACCGUCUCUUUUCUAAGCACAAUGCAUUUAAUUUCUUAUGUAAUUAUAAUAAAGUAUAUUAUGCAUUUUAGAUGAGCUAAUAUGUAUAGCAUGAUCAGUUGCAUGGCUUGUCUGCUAUUUUGCUGCGUGUUGUAUCAGUGAUCGAAUCAGCUACUUAGUUGUUUGGGACAAAAAUGAAUAUUUACCACUCUUUAUAAUGAAUGAAUUAAUUCGAGUUCAUUUUUUGUGUUGUACUAAAUGUGAAUUAUAAAGUAUCCACGAUACAAUAGUUUUGCUUUGUAAGGAUCUGAACAAUAUUUGCAUGUUUGUCUUUGUUGAACAGUUUAGAAUUUUGAAUAUGUGUUUUGUUUUAUAACAAUCGGGAAUUUUUAUAAUUAUAAUACGAUAUACUGUUUUACCGACGAGGUAAAAAAGAAGAGUAAAAUGUAUGCCAGUUAUAUUUUAUAAUAUAAAAAUACUUUUAAUUUUCCCCAUAUAAUUAAAUUAAAUGCAUAAAUAAAAAUCACUUUUUAUCCUCUUUCAUUACUUAUUAUUUUAUUUUUGUUACACUAAAUUGUAAAAUUUCAUAAUACUAUCCAUAGUAUUCACUACAUUGUUAGACAGAGAUGGAUGAUGUUAAAUUAACUUCUCUUUUAAUUUGGUAAAAUUAAAACCGUGAAUGGAAAUUUAUUGGCAUUUAUUUAUAUACAACAAUGAUACAUGACUGAUGAGGAUGAAAUCAGGUCAGUUAGCCCAUCCUGACGAAUUCAACUAGAAUUAGACAAGAUGGUUUCCAGGGGAAACCACAUGGAGGUCGACCUGACAAGGUAAAUUGCUAGUAAUGGGGCUAUAUGACCCCAAUACUAACAAUACCUUUCCCCCCUAUAUGGACCAUUAUCGUCAUCAUUUCAGGACCAUUAUAAAUCUUUAUUUGUUUGAUGGAAAAUAAAUGUUUGUGUAAACAUAACUCGGUCAAGAACAAUAUGCUAUUUUAUUUGCGUAGCUCAUUUUUAAUUUGUGGAUUUCGAUAUGAAGUGAAUUAGACGCGUAAUUUGUCAGAGUUAGAAAAGGAUAGAUUGCUUCCCCUUCAAGUGAGACAGAGUACUUUCCUUAUAUAUAUAGUAAAUUACUUUUUACUGUAUCUAAUAUGUUUAGUAUAUAUUAAAGAAACAUAUAUAUUGUAAGUACAUAAUUAAUCAGAUCUUUAUAAAUUGGAUAAUUUAAUUUCGGCGCCUCGUACUGAUGACGUCACGACAUCGCAGUGCGUUCAGGAAAUAUUUCGAAGUGUCGAAUUAAAUCAUCUUGUGAAUUUUUAAAUUUCGUUUUAAAAUCCUUCAAGACAGGAAAGUAAUGGGUAUUUAUAAAUUUUUGUUUUGUAGUACAUUAAAAUAGUAAUCAGUUUUGAACUCUAUUGUAAAAGUAAUAAUAACUUAUUUUCAGUGUAGAUGUAUUAAAUAUAUAUUAAAAUGAAUUUCUUUCACUAAUAGCGGAAGAUUCUAGACUGUUGUACUAGAUUAGUUUAUAGCUAGAGAAUUAGGGAUUGAGUGAAAUAAUUUCGACAAUUAUUGUUAUAAUUUCAAUGCUUUUACUAUAUUCAUAAAUAUUGUUAAAAGAAUCGGCAACGGUAAAUAAAAAUGAUUUAUAUUCAGCGUUUUGUAAUUGUUCUUAGAACAUAAUUGUUAGAGACCUAAUCUAUUAGUGUUGUUUUAGAAGGAUAGAAAUGGUCACAUAGUAAUUUGUUUCGGUAGCAUUGUUCAAAUCGUACUUGCUAAGAGCAAGUAAGCACAAGGACUUGUUUAUAGAGACGUCGCAUAAGCGUUUGUGUAGAUAAGCGACAUCUGUUGGGAGAGAUACAAAAUAUUAAAAAAGAAUGCCUACAACUGUAAAAAGCGAUGGAACAGUCAUUUUAAUCAUCAUCAUCAGCGUCAUAUCAAUCAUUAACUGUCCACUGCUGAACAUAUGGUUUCCCUAUAAGGGGAGUUUUGACAGUAGUUCCCACGCUUGGCAGACGAAUUGGCAACCGCAGUUAGGAUUGUACUGAUGUUUUAAGAUGGUCGCUUCUGCCUAUCGCUCUACCAUUAUGUUUCCUUAGUCGCCUCUUACGACACCGACUGGAGAGGAAGGAGUGGUAUAUUCCAUACAGGGACCACACUAUUAAUGCUUUGUCUUGCGAUAGCUAUUUUUAAUUUUAUUUGUUAAGUAUUAGUUUGUGUCACUGUUACUGGGAACUGUGACACUUUUUUUUUUUAUAUGCAUAUAAUAGUGACCCUAGUCGUCUCAUUCUCAUAGUAGUAAUCCAUACUUCAUAAGGCACACAAUGAUCUGCGCAUACGCACAAUCCUCUUCGAAUUGCGCCUCGAUCUUCGCCUCUCUGUAGAGAAGAUAUAUCUUACAGGUGUACAUAGAUUUAGAUAUAUGAAGGAAUUAAUGAAAGGACUAUUUACAACCUCUGGAUGUCAGUAUUAUUUUAAAGAAUUUUAGUAAUUCUUUAAAAUUGUCUUUAUUUUUUUCAUUGGAAUGGCUAGUAUAUAAAGAGGUUUAUAGCUUAUGUCUCUGUAAACCAGUCCUCAAAUGUAAUAUAAUAAAGUUUUUCGGAACUACGUAUAUUUAUAACAUUCCUAUUAUACUUGUAGAUUUGUCUAUGCUAUCCUCUCUAGCUAUAGAUUUAAUCUGUAGAAUUAAUUUUGUCCCAUGUUAUUUUUUUUUCAAACAAUCUUUAUUUAGAGUGAGGGCUGUGAUAAAUGAGUAAAAUGUCCGGUUUUUUUGACAAUUGAACUCUAGAAGCUGAACGUAGUUGGUUUAAAAUUCAUUAAAUCGUUUUAUUAUAUAUCGUCAUAGUCGUAGAAUACUGACGGAUCUUUAUAUGUAAUAUUUGUCAGAUCCGUCAGUAUUCUACGAAUGUGACGAUAUGUUAAAUUUAUAUCUUAUAAUCCAGUGCAUGUAUUGUUUAAAACAAAUAUUUAUUGAAAUAUAAAUUGAAAAAUAAUUAUUCGAUAAUAUUUUUAAAAUUGUUAAUUGGAUUUGUGAGUGUAAAAUCGGCCAUAAAGAAGUAAAAAAUGCCUCUAACUUCGGAGUUUGGUCUAAGAAUGGUGCUUCAUAUAAUGGGCGUUGAUUGUAGGUUAAUUAUUUAUUUAUUCGCCUCUAAACUGUUAUCGCUAUAUUGUUUCAUAUUAGAUCAUAUAGAUAGAGUGUUUUCGAAUAAAUGCAUCGAGAAAAGUGGGUCAACUUUUUAAUACAAUUUGGCGAAAUAAAUAAGAAUGAUUCCUUUAUAACGUCUAUGUUUAUUUUGUCUUAUAAUUUUUGUAUCGUUUUAAUUCGUACAAAUUUAAUUUUAUUUAUUAAAUAAUUAAAUAUAGAUACGUCAAAAUACAUUGUGUAUAUAGAACAUUAAUAAAAAAAAAGCAAGUCAGCUGAUUUGGUAAUUAGCUGACAAAAAAUUGAUCCAUUUUUGAGGCUUGAUGUUCUAUCUAUAUAGUCUAAGUGUAUCGCAUUAUGAGCUUGAAAUGGCGGGCCGCUCGGCGCAUUCAAAAUGGCGUCGCGCGUUGCCAUAGAGAUAUUAGUACGAAUUUAUUUUGCGUUCUCUAUAUAACUAAUAGUUUGAACGUUGACUCGUAGGAUUGUUUGAAGCCAGUGUCUUUUUAAUAAUAUUGACGCUCUAUUCUCUAAAUUAUAUUUCAAAUAUUAUAUUUCAUAUUGGGACCAUGUUAUGUGCCCAGUGUUUGUUUAAUGAAAAGGAGCGUUAAUAUUGGAUAUAACAUAGCGUGUUACCCCUAAUAUGUGAUUCCGAGUCAUAUCUUGAAUGAAUUUGAUAAUUUAGUCUAUAUUGUAAUCAUUAUAGUACCUACUUGACAUUGAAUCUAGCUGUUGUUUUUUAGAAGGUCGACACAUCUAGCGAAGGUUUUAUAAGUACCCAAAUAUAAGGAUUUUUAAGUUUCAUAUAAAUAAAUAGCUCAUAUUUACACGUUAGCUUUAAUUCUAUAUCACUGCUACAGUAUGAGUUUUUGCUUCUAACCAAAACGCACACACAAACACAUACCCACACAUACAAUAGUUGUGUAUGUGUAUAUACAUGAAUAGUAUAAUAAUGUGUAUUAUAUCAAUAAAAUUAAAGGUACAAUAAGGGAUUAAUCUCGAAGGGAUAUAUUCCAGCAAAUCUUCAAGAUACUGACAGGUAUCUACAGGGAAUGAAGUGAGAAAUUGUAUUGAAUGGGUGAUAUAUGGAUGAAUAGAUUUCAAGUAGACACUUCAUACAAAAUACAUAAAUCAUGUAUAUUCAUAAACGUGCAAAUGUGUAUGUAUAGAGAGCGACGUUUUUUCGUCGCAUUUAAGAUAGGAGGAGAUAACAUCAUCUCAAGAGAGAGUAUGAAAGUUGCUAUACUGUAUGGAUUAGUAUUAUUAUUACCUUACUGUGUACGUAUAUAGUGUAUGGUACACAUACAAAAUACUUAGCGUUUUCUACCGUCCUUUACACAUUAGUGGCCUGUGCUAGAUGUGUCAUCGACUAUAUAUGUUUUGAUGUUACAUGUAGGGGUAAAGUAGGGGACGAUUCUCUGUAUUAGUAAGUACCUAAGUAUAGCAUUUGUCAUACUAUCCUGUAUGUUUAUAAAUUUAAUUGUAGAAAGUUAUGUGAAAUUAUAUAUAAAUGUAUGUGAAAUUAUAUGAAUUGAUCCAAGUAUUUGUAGUCUUUUAUAAAAUUGACUUGUGGUGGAAUUGUAUUAAAUUUUUACUAUGAUAUUUUGAACAAAUAUAUAAUUAUAAAAUAAUUUGUGUAUUGUAUAAAUACUUAUUGUAUUUUUUUUUUAUUCACUUAUGAAUUAAUGAAAACUCUUUAUUAUUUGUUCCCUUCAAAGAAUUAUAUAGAUCAACAGUAUGUACACAAGCAAAAUGAAUAAAUAAAAAUACAUAAAAGCAAGAUAAAGAGGCAACAAUGUCCUUAUCGCUAAAUAGUGUUCUCUUCCAGGCAAUCUUAUUUACUUAUUUUGUUAUUCUUGCCAGUAUAUUGUCGACGAUUGCAGGUUCAAUUCCCGUACAAUACAAAUAUUUUUGUUUAUAAAGUAUCAAGACCUUUUAUAAAGUAGUAAUUUAUAAUGCAAUUUCACCACCAGUCAAUAUUUUGUAUUCUACAUAGUUUCUCAAUAUUUUCCAUGUCUCUAAUUACUAACCGAAAAUAUGUAAUUUAUAAUAAUAGUACCUAAAAUAAAACAGUACAGGGGUUGAAAUACCCACCUUAUAUGAAUCGUAAUAGGGUUCAUUUUAAACCUGUCACGAUGAGAGAGCAAAACUCCCGGCCUAGUACAACUGUACUAAACUGGUAGUUAACAUUUAUAUUUGGAGUUUAUAUGAAAUGAGAUCUAUUAUGAUUUGUGUAAAAUAUCAUGAAUUUUGAAAUAUAGCGGUUAGAACUAGAGGGACUUGUGUAGGCAAAUCUCUUUCAUCUAUUAGUUCUCUCGCCAAGGAGUUGUUUUACAUUCUGGGGGUCUACCAUGAAAUGAAAUUCCGAAUUUUCGGACUCAAUUUCGUGUUUUUGUUCAUACCGAAAUCGACCCAGUAAAUGGAGCUGAACAUUUCGUUUGUCAUAAAUCCUACCAUAAAAGACCAAAGGAACGAUACUUUCGCAUUUUUAAUAUUUUUAAACGGUAUGUUUCAUGUAAUAUUAACAUUAAAUUUGUGUUUCGUUCCGACCCGAAAUUACGGAAAACAUUUCAUGGUAGGCCCUCUGUUUAGAAUAUUUACCAGCGUUGCAUUUAAGCUCUAGAAAAUGGAUUAUUACAUUUGGAAAUUUAAUUUUAGAAUUACAAAUUAAUUUUCUAUUAUGAAAUUUUUAAUAAUUUUUAUCAGGUACCUAUACAGUAUUUAACAAAUUCAACUAAUUAAAUGAGAUGAAAAUGUAAAGAUUUAUUGAGAAAUUCAGUUUUUCUUGCUAUUUUCAUCUUAUUGAAAGUUCGUCAUAGUCGUAGAAUACUGACGGAUCUUUAUAUGUAAUCUUUGUCAGAUCCGUCAGUAUUCUACGACUAUGACGAUAUGUGCAGCAUCGAAAGUGAUAUUUGUCUCAAAAUAUUACAUUUGUUUCUGAGAAAAACCAAGACGUUGAGCCUGUAUUCUAACAUAGAGGUUCGAAGCCUACACUUUAUUAACUUUGAGAAAGAGCUUUCUCCACUACUGAUAGUCACCACUACGUGGCAAGAGUCCAUUUGUGGUGGAGACACCUUUGUGGUGAGGGCCCCAUUGUGGUGGGGGCCUUAUGUGGUCGGGGCCCCUUUGUGGUGAAGGCUUAAGGCUAUAGCCUAUGUAGCCUAUGCUUAAAUGUGGCGCUGGUACCUAGUGUGAAUUAUAUUAAGAUAUAUGUUACGAUCCAGUUCAUGUUUACUUGAUAAGUUGUAUAGAGGUCUGAGUUUCCAAAACUAUCCGCUAGAGGCGCUGUUUUCAAUACAGAUUAAACGUAAAUCUUUGUGCAAUUCACACCAGGCACUGCAGUUUGAAUAGUUAAAUGAAUACUUGUAGUCCUAAUAAAUUAAUUUGUAAUUAAUAAUUCAAUUCUGAAACAACUGUUUAUUUCAAUCUAAUCAUUCUUUGGCAUUGUCUUCACAUUUUUUCUUGGUGUUGACAAAAAAAUGUGUAGGUAACAAUGAAACAAGCUUUGAAAUAAUUUCACUAAUAAAAAAUAAAUGUGCACAGAUUCUAGAAUAUACGGAACUUCGAUUGCGUACAGCAUGUUAAAUAUUUAUGAACCAGAAUGUGCUGUUAUCAGAAAUUGGAAUGUUACAAUAACAUUAGUGACACUGUUCAAAUAAAUAGCCCAAAUAUUUUAA